AUGAGCACAAAAGUCGGCGACAUCGUGGAGGAGUUCCACACAGACAACAAGAUGUCAACCGUCAACAACCACCACGAGACAUCCCGCAAAGAGUUGGAGGACGCGUCUCGGUUACCGGCGCUGGAGACCGCCUACACCGACAUCCUCAGGCAUCUUGGGGAGGACACCGACCGGGAGGGACUGUUGCGCACCCCGUUGCGCGCAGCCAAAGCCAUCCAGUUCCUCACCAAGGGCUACCAUGAGACCAUCGAUGACAUCUUAAACAAUGCCAUAUUUGAUGAAGACCACGAUGAGAUGGUGAUUGUGAAAGACAUAGACAUGUUUUCACUAUGUGAACACCACAUGGUGCCCUUUUUUGGCAAGGUUCACAUCGGGUAUAUUCCCAACAAAAAAGUGGUGGGACUGAGCAAGCUGGCAAGGAUUGUGGAGAUCUUCAGCCGUAGGCUUCAAGUUCAAGAGCGACUGACUAAGCAGAUCGCCGUUGGGAUAUCUGAGGCUCUGCAGCCAAAAGGUGUAGCCGUGGUUAUUGAAGCGGCGCACAUGUGUAUGGUGAUGCGUGGUGUCCAGAAGAUGAACAGCCGCACAGUGACAAGCGCCAUGCUGGGAGUCUACCUCGAGGACCCCAAAACCCGGGAGGAGUUCCUGUAUCUUUCACGGCGCACUUAACAGACAUUACGUGCCAUCCACUCCUGAGCCACUGUCUACAGUUGCACGUGGAAAGCUCUAGAGUUCCAGGGGAUCUGCAUCUGACUGCUGCAGAUCCAAGACCUUCACCUAUUGAUCUAACCUCAAUACACUGAAACCGUGAAGAUUUCAGUCUUACUGCUGAUCAUCUAUUGUUGGAAUCACUGUGAACACAACAUACUUAUUUUGAUGGUGCCUUUAGAAGAUAUUGUACAGUCUUCAUUGGCAGUAUAGUAUAUUAUUAUUGCCAAGUAUACAACUUCAGUGCAAUAUUGUACUUACGAUUUAAAUUGUUUUUCUGAUGGGACAUUCACAGGUGCUCUUGCAAAGUUAUUGCAUUUGUUAUUCACUGGUUUUGCUAAUUUAACAAAACUUGUGUCCUUUAUAAAUACAUUUAUAAAGUCUUUUAUGCAUUAUGUGGUAUUUUAGGAUGCAUAUUCAACGGUUAUGGCUGUAAAAUGAUUCAAAUGAGUAGAGCUGAUAGAAGUACUGAGUAGAUGUUUGUUUGAUCAGUGGCCACUGUGACAAGUCAAAAGCAGCAUUCUGAAAGUUUUCAGUCCAAUUUUGUUCAUGUUGAAAAUAAAUAAAACCUCAAGGGCAACUAC